AUGCUGUUCAGACAAACUCUGGCUCUAGUGCCCCCCCUGCUUGCUCUUUCGUCUCCGACGAUUGAGAGCAACCUACACGCUAGACAAGCAUACUCUCUAGUAGGAACAGGCUUCGACAAUGACACGAAAAUCCUGGGCAAUUACUACAAUUAUUGGUCAGUACUGGCAAAUGGCACUGUCGAUUUGACUCGAAGCAACACUGUACCAGUCACAACGCCAAAGACCCUGCCAAUGUGGGGAUCUCGUCCCGAGAUCAUCAUCGAGCCAACUAGGUCAGCACUGGUGAUCAUUGACAUGCAGAAUUACUUCCUACAUCCUCAGCUCUCUCCCAACGCUACAGCUGGACGUGCUGCUGUUGCGCCAACAGUAAAUACGAUCAAUGGCUUUCGAGCGAAUGGCAUGAAAGUGCUCUGGACUAAUUGGGGCCUGACCGGAUAUGAUCGGCUGACUAUUCCACCUGCUUUCCUCUCAAGUUUCAGUGCAAACGGUUUCAACACAAUGGGUAGUAAUUUGAACACGCAAACCUUCGGCGGCGACAUGGGCACGAUUGUAGAGAACGGCACAAUCAUCAAUGUCGGCAGGAAGUUGUUCAGAGGAGCCUGGAACGCAGAGCCUUACGGCGUGUUGAAGACAAUGAAGGAUGAGGGAUUGGCUGCUGGUACUGAUCUGUAUUUCAACAAGAAUAGGUUCAGUGGUCUGUGGGGUCCACAGACUCCUCUUGGUCUCUGGUUGCAGGAGAACGAGAUCACUACUUUAUUCUUUGGAGGUGUCAAUACCGAUCAGUGUGUCUGGGGAACGCUGAUAGAUGCUUAUUUUAAAGGUUAUGAUGUGGUCUUUGUCGAUGACAUAUGUGGGACAACAAGCCCCCAGUUUGCCACUGAUAUGUGUCGUUAUAAUGCCGAUCUCAAUGGUUUCCUCGGAAACAGCUCUGACAUAUUGGCUGCACUAUCAUAG